AUGAAGCUUAACACCACAUUCUUUGCCGCUCUUCUGUUAAACGCUUCUCUCACUUCCUUUGCAGCCUUAGUACCCGACCUUCAUGGCCGCAACCCACCCUUCAAGCCAACCACCACCACUCUGACGACUUCCCAAUCAGCUUCUUCUGCCACCUCGUCUGCUCCACCUGCUGCUACGUCGUCUGCACAGUCCAUCAAUGCCGCUACCUUGCAAGAUAUGCAGACCAUUCAUGAACGCCGUCUAACAAGUAUCAUUGGUGCCCUCGCUUCUCCGAAUUCUAUUCCCGCUUGGCUUUCUACCCUGGGCGCUGAUGGAAAAUGGCCAGAUAGCGAAGUUGACUACACAACGGGAUGUGCAGCGCGACGCGCUAAUUGGCCAGCUCAGACCCAUUGGCAGCGUAUCCUUGUAAUGACCGGCGCGUGGCAUGGAGGUAUUGCAGGUGGCGAUCAAUACGUAAAAAACGACACUCUUCAUGCCGCGAUUUCUCUUGCUAUGGAUUAUUGGUUCGGACGCGAUUUGACCAAUUUAGCAUGCAUGGACCUAGGUGGCACCUCAGCUUGCCCGUGUGACAACGCGGACAAUUCAUUGUGGAAUACUAACUGGUACUCAAAUAUCAUUCUUAUUCCUGGGCUAGCGGGUCAAACCUGUCUCAUGCUCAACGAUACCCUCACCGCGACGCAACUGAGCAAUUGUGCCCGAAUGACUGGCCGCUCGUAUGGCACCUUCGAUCAUUAUAUCAAUGGUAUCGGAUACUUGACCGGAGCGAAUACAUUGGAUGUUGCCAAGAUGGGCAUCGAUAGCUCCCUGUUGAAUUUGAACGUCUCGAUGCUCACAGACGCCUAUCGACGUGUUCACUCGGAGCUGUCCAUCAAGACUCAGGUCAAGGCCGACGGCAUUCGACCUGAUGGCUCAUUCGGACAACAUGAAGGUAUACUAUACAACGGAAACUAUGGCAAGGACUAUGUCAACGAUAUUCUCGACCUCGAGGUUGCAGCUGCAGGAACCCAGUUUGCUGCUGGAGCCGAUUCGAAGACCGCUUUUGCCACUCUCUUUUCCGGGAAUAAGUGGAUGAUUUAUCGGAAUACCUUGACUGGCGUACUACAUUGGGACUUUUCUGCACUGGGUCGAUUUAUAAGCUUCCCCGUUAUCGAUAAGCAAGCUACAGGCAGCAUCAAGAUAAACCUAACGGAAGUUACGCAACUUGGAACUGGAUGGUCCUCGUCUCCCUUGACUUCCUUUGCCAGUAGCUUGUCGAAGGGGAGCGACAGCGCAAACGCGGGCAACCUCUUGGGUAACAACAUGUUCUAUGACAAUGACUACAUGGUGCAUCGGGGUCGGAACUACGUUUCGACACUUAAAAUGUACUCCUCCAGAACUCAAAACACGGAAUGCACAAAUUUACAAAAUCCUUUCGGGUUCCAUUUAUCUGAUGGCGUGCUGUACACAUAUCUUCGUGGAAAUGAGUACGAAGACAUAUCCGCGGCCUGGGAUUGGAACCUCAUCCCAGGAAUAACCGUUGAUUACGGCGCCACUCCCUUGAACUGCGAUGGUACAGCAGCCUCGGGAGUAGAAGCCUUCGUUGGUGGUGUCUCAACUGGACAGGUUGGGGUGGCCGCCAUGCGAUAUACCAACCCCAACACGACAGCUCUGCACUGGCAGAAGGCGUGGUUCUUCCUCCAGGAUGACGUCCAGCACGUGAUGGUCUCUGGCGUCGCGUCGAGCAGUGGCGCGCCCGUCUACUCAGUCCUCGAUCAAAGGCUUCAUAAUGGAUCCAUUAUGGUUGAUGGCUCGGCGCAACGCCAGUCGAAUUCCACUACUGCCCUCUCUCUUUGGCAUGGGGAUGUUGGUUACAGUUUCCCCAAACCGGCUUCCCUUUCGGUGCAAUUUGGAAAUAAGACCGGCAAUUGGUCCUCCAUUGGAACGUCGACUCAACCCGCAUCUGCCGUAGACCUGUUCGCGGCGUGGAUCCAGCACACCUCACUCAAUACAUCUAUCGAAUAUACCACCUUCCCCGGAACUACCUACUCUACAUUCAACAGCAAACGCAGCCAGUUGCGCGUACAAACAAUUCAAAAUGACCAAAACAUCUCAGCCAUUUUCGACCAGAAACACAACACUGCGAUGGCCAUCUUUUGGAAUUCAGUCGGAGGCUCAGUCACCUUCACUCCCGCUAGCAACUGCGCACCACUCACCAUCGCCGCCAACUCCAAUAUCGCUCUGGUCUACGACCUCGACGGCCAAAAAGUCACAGUCUCUGACCCAUCUCAGAACUUGACUUCAGUCCAAGUCACGUUGACGACUGGCAAUCAAGGCAAGAAACCUACGGGGUGGGGUUCAAGCCGCAGCAAAACCCUCAAGUUCCAGCUUCCAACAAACACGACGGCGGGGAAGAGUGUUGCGCUGUCGGUGUAG